CGUAUUUUUACAUCGGACUAUACUUCCGCCAAGUUCUUCAUUGGUGAGAAGCGAAAGUGUGUUCUGGCGUUCUUUUAACGACUAUUUGUACAUUUUAAUUUAGCAUAUGAGUAACCUGGCGCUUCGUCGGACGCCUACGAGCGAAUUUGUGCUUUUAUUCUCCUCUCAAAAGUCGUUUUGGAGUCGUUGAGCGGCUGGCUCGCUCGCGUUAGCAUUUGGGCUCGCGGAAGCUAGGCUAGCGGGGCGGGGAAGAGAAGUUCUCCCGGCCGGCGACUAUCCUUGGGUCCGACGCUCACCACGGAGACAUCAAGCGGCUUUUUGGCGAGUCCGCUCGGACAUUUUGAUGGGAGACGGCUGGCCGCCGAGCGGACGUGGCGGGCAGAAGUCGCGAGCGGAGCGGCGGCGACGAAGACUCGCAUGGAGUCUCUGGCCGGCUACGUGCACAAGGCGGCCAGCGAAGGACGAGUCCUGACGCUGGCCGCGCUGCUGCUCAACCACGGCGAGGCCGAGACGAGCUUCCUGUUGGACUACGUUAGCCAGCAGGCGUGCCAGAGGUCCACGCCGCUCAUCAUCGCCGCCCGCAACGGCCACGACAAGGUGGUCCGCCUGCUGCUCGACCACUACCGGGUGGACACCGAGCAGACUGGCACCGCGCGCUUCGAUGGCUACGUGAUUGAGGGCGCGACGGCGCUGUGGUGCGCGGCGGGCGCCGGACAUCUGGAGGUGGCGCGGCUGCUGGUGGAACACGGCGCCAACGUCAACCACACCACGCUCAACAGGUCCACGCCGCUGAGGGCCGCCUGCUUCGACGGUCGUCCGGACAUGGUGCGCUUCCUGCUGGAGAGCGGCGCCGACCCGGCCGUCGCCAACAAGUACGACAACACCUGCCUAAUGAUCGCCGCCUACAAGGGACACCAGGAGGCGGCGCGCUUCCUGCUGGAGCGCGGCGCCGACCCUGACGCCAAGGCGCACUGCGGCGCCACCGCGCUGCACUUCGCCGCCGACGCCGGCCACCCGGGCGUAGUGGCCGAGCUGCUGGGGCACGGCGCCGCUCUGGUGGCCAACGGACAGGGCCUGACGCCCCUGCUGGUGGCGGCAGAGAGCUGUAAAGCCGAAGUGGUGGAGCUCCUGCUGGCGCGAGGUCGCUGCGAGCCCCAGCAGCGCGUGGAGGCGCUGGAGCUUCUGGGCGCCUCCUUUGCCAACGACCGCGAGCGCUACGACCCGGGCCUCAGCUACCGCUACCUGCGCGCCGCCAUGGACGAGCGGCUGCGCCUGGGUCUUCCGGACGACGAGCCGUCGCCGGCCGCCGAGGCUUACGGGGGCCGGCGCGAGUGCCGCACGCCCGGCGAGCUGGAGGUGGUCCGCACCGACCGGGAGGCGCUGCACAUGGAGGGCCUGAUGAUCCGCGAGCGCAUCCUCGGCCCCGACAGCGCCGAGCUCUCGCACCCCAUCGUCUACCGUGGCGCCGUCUACGCCGACGGCAUGGACUUUGUGAGCUGCGUGCGGCUGUGGCUGCACGCGCUGCGCCUGCGCCAGCGCGCCCGCCGCGACGCACGCAGGGACCUGCUGCGCUUCGCCCAGCUCUUCUCGCAAAUGCUGCACCUCAAGGAGCCCCUCGACGCUGACGCGGUGGAGGAGGUGCUGGGCUGCAGCGCGCUGGAGAUCCGGCGCAGCAUGGCGCGUGCCCAGGCAGCGGCGGUGGCGGAGGAGGCGACGGACGGCGAGCCGGCACAGGCGGCCGAUAACUACGAGUCCAAUGUGUUCACCUUCCUGUACUUAGCCUGCAUCGCCACCAAGACCGCGUGCGGGCACGAGCGACAGCGCGCCCGCCUCAACAAGCACGUGUACGAUGUGGUGCGGCUGGACCCGCGCGCCCGCGAUGGCGCAAGCCUCCUCCACUUGGCCAUCAGCUCCAGCACCCCCGUCGAUGACUUCCACACCAACGAUGUCUGCGGAUUCCCCAACGCGCAGGUGACCAAGCUCCUGCUGGACUGUGGCGCCCGCGUGGACGCGGUGGACCACCAGGGCAACACGCCGCUGCACGUUAUCGUGCAGUACAACCGUCCCAUCAGCGACUUCCUGACGCUACACGCCAUCAUUAUCGGCCUGGUGGAGGCGGGCGCGCACACCGACCGCACCAACAAGGAGGAGAAGACGCCGCUGGACAAGAGCACCACCGGCGUGUCUGAGAUCCUCCUCAAGACCCAGAUGAAGAUGAGCCUAAAGUGCCUGGCGGCGCGCGCCGUCCGACGACACCGCCUGGCCUACCGCCGCCAGAUCCCCGCCAGCCUGGAAGAGUUUGUCGACUUCCACUGACUUUUUCGCCCGCGCGCUCGGAAAUCCGUUGGCGACCGUGUGUUUUUAUCAAUUCAAU